AUGGAGCACAUUGGUGGUGGUAUUUCUGCACGACACUAUAUUGAGGAUGUCAGGAAGCAGAAGGACUUUCAUGAAGUUAUCAGCGAUUUUGGUCAUCGACUAGGCGUCAUAAUUGCGAAAGUUCAUUUGAACGGUUUAAUGCACGGUGAUUUAACGUCGUCGAAUGUGCUUCUGAGAGAUUCUGAUCCCAAGCGGAUUGUUCUGAUCGAUUUUGGCUUAUCGGAGGUAUGUAUUCGCUCUCGUGGCAGUGUUGAUUGA